GCCUGCGAAGUGGGAAACGCUGAGUGGUGUAGGCCCUGUGGCUGACCUCCCGGGGCCGGGGCUCUUCCGAGCCCCUGCCAUGGCGUCAGAGGGGCAGCGGGAGUCUGAAGGCGAGGGCAGCAUCAAGUUGUCAGCAGAUGUCAAGCCUUUUGUCCCAAAAUUUGCUGGGCUUAACGUGGCAUGGUCGGAGUCCUCAACAUGUGUUUUCCCUAGCUGUGCAGCAACUUACUAUCCAUUUGUACAGGAACCAUCAGUGACUGAACAGAAAAUAUAUACUGAAGAAACAGCCUUUGGACCUUCAGCGUUUCCACCUCAUUAUUUAUCUUCAGAGAUAACUCUCCAUCCAUAUGCCUAUUCUCCUUACACCCUUGAGUCUACACAAAACAUUUGCUCAGUGCCUGCCUCGCAGUAUGAUUACAGCCAAGCCAGCUGUUACCAAGGUUUUCAGACCGUAAAGCCCCGAAAUGAGCACAGAGGCCCCCUCCCACAAGAAACAAAAGCUCUGCUUAAGAAAAAAACCUAUGAUGUGCAAAAGUUUAACAGUAAAAAGGCCGAUGGUACAAUAUCAUCUGAAAUAAAGUCAGCAAAAGGUUCCCAUCAUUUGUCCAUUUAUGCUGAGAAUGGUUUGAAAUCAGAUGGUUAUCAUAAACGAACAGAUAAGAAAUCCAGAAUCAUUGCAAAAGGUGUGUCUACUUCCAAACCUGAAUUUGAAUUUAGCAGAUUGGAUUUUCCUGAACUGCAGGGUCCACAGAAUAAUAUGUCAGAGAUCCAAAAACAACCCAGGUGGGGACCUUUCCACUCUACCUCCUCCAAUAUCUCUCUCCUAGGAGAAGUGGGAAAACCAGUUGCAGCAGUGUCACAGGGUGAAGUAGUGCUGAAAAAUAAUAAUCCAAGUGAAUAUGUAACUAAUAAUGCUGCUACCAAUUCCCCUUCGUGUACAACAGAGUUAUCUUGGACACCAAUGGGUUAUAUUGUUCGGCAGACGUUACCUUCAGAACUGUCAGCAGCUCCUAAAAAUGUUACUUCCGUGAUAAACCUAAAGACGUUUGCUUCAUCAGCAGAUCCUAAAAGUGUUAAUUUGUCAUCUUCUGAAAUUUUAUCUUCGGAUCCUUCCUACAACAAAGAGAAACACAUUCAUCCUACUGAAAAGUCCAAAACAUCACAAGGUGGUGACCUUGAACAAAAUGAAGCCUCAAGAAAGAAUAAGAAAAAGAAAGAAAAGUCUAAAUCGAAAUAUGAAAUCCUGACAGUUCAAGAGCCACCAAGGAUUGAAGAUGCGGAGGAGUUUCCCAAUCUGGCAGUUGCAUCUGAAAGAAGAGACAGAGUAGAGUCACCGAAAUUUCAAUCGAAACAGCAGCCACAGAAUAAUUUUAAAAAUAGUGGAAAGAAGAGCCAGAUUCCAGUGCAGUUGGAUUUGGGAGGCAUGCUGGCAGCUCUGGAGAAGAAGCAGCAUGCCCAGCAUGCCAAGCAGUCCUCCAGACCAGUUGUGUUCUCAGUUGGAGCUGUGCCUGUCCUCUCCAAAGAUGCCUCCUCAGGGGAGAGGGGCCGCCGCUUCAGUCAGGUGAAGACUCCUCACAACCCCUUGGACUCCAGCGCCCCCCUGAUGAAGAAAGGGAAACAGAGGGAGGUCCCCAAGGCCAAGAAGCCCACCUCAUUGAAGAAGAUUAUUUUGAAAGAACGGCAAGAGAGAAAGCAGCAGCGACUUCAAGAAAAUGCCAUUAACCCAGCUGUUGCUGGUGAUGACACACCAGAUGUAGAGAGCAGUGCUGAUGACCAGACCCCCAAUCAGGCCAACCCCACAGGUCCAGAGGAAAUGGAAGAAUCAGCCUCCUCCAGUCCUGCGACCGAGUGCAAGUCAGAAGAGCCCCUUGACACAGAGCUCCAGAAGGACAUGGAUGCCUGCCUGCCUGCCUCCAACCUUGCUGGUUUCCCCAAGAUCCACAGCCGGAGAUUCAGGGAUUACUGCAGCCAGAUGCUCAGUAAAGAAGUAGACGCUUGUGUCACAGACCUACUGAAGGAACUGGUCCGCUUCCAAGACCGCAUGUACCAGAAGGAUCCAGUCAAGGCUAAGACCAAACGCCGGCUUGUGCUGGGGCUGAGGGAGGUUCUCAAACACCUGAAGCUCAGGAAACUGAAAUGCAUCAUCAUUUCUCCCAACUGUGAGAAGAUACAGUCGAAAGGGGCUGGGGAGGAAGAGGGAGCGUCUCUGAACAGACAGCCCUUCCCUGGCCUUAAUCCUUUCUGCUGCCAUGUAAAUGUCAAUUCAGGUGGACUGGACGACACCCUGCACACCAUUAUUGAUUACGCCUGUGAGCAGAACAUCCCCUUUGUGUUUGCUCUCAACCGCAAGGCUCUAGGGCGCAGUUUGAACAAAGCAGUUCCUGUCAGCGUUGUGGGGAUCUUCAGCUAUGACGGGGCCCAGGACCAGUUCCAUAAGAUGGUCGAACUGACGAUGGCGGCCCGGCAGGCCUAUAAGACUAUGCUAGAGAACAUGCGGCAGGAGCUGGCUGGAGACCCCAGGCCUCAGACCCCUCCCAGCCCACCCUCACAGGGCCCCUCUGCCCCCACUGGAGGAGAAGAACCGCACUACAUUGAAAUCUGGAGAAAACAUCUGGAAGCAUACAAUCAACAUGCCUUGGAAUUAGAAGAAUCUCUGGAGGCUUCAACCUCUCAGAUGAUGAACUUGAAUUUAUAAGAAGAGAGUUCUUCCUUGUGUGUCUUUGUGUUUGGGGCAAGGAGGGAGGAGGCUUGAAAAGACUUUGCGGCUUUUUCUUCUCAGUUUUCACUGACCCAAUGUAUUUUGUAUGACUGUUGAAUCUGGAAAUUAACUGGCAUGAAAGUGCAUGUGAACCAGUGGUCAUAGGGCCCUUGCAGCAGUGAAUUCCGUCAAAUGGAUGCUCAGGUGUACUGGCGGAAACCUUUUCUAAAAGCCUGGUGAUGCAGCUCUGCCUUUCUAAGCAUACUGUGGAUCUGGAUGUACUGGAAAAUGGAAUACUUGAGUACGUUGGCUCAAAGGAAACUGCAUUGCAGCAUAACUGAGCCGAGUGGGGCCUGCAGCAAGGAACUGUUGGGCUCUUGCCUGCAGGGGGCCAUGGUGAGGUGACUGGAGGGAGAUGCUGACCCCCUCAUAGGGUCACUGACAUAGGAGCAAGAGGGCACUGGGGAGGGGCCCUUUCUCAGGGGAUGUAGCUCUUCAACUUAACGAUAUAGAGGAUUUGCUAAAAUGAGCCUCAGAAGGAAAAUUGGUUUUCUAACCUGUGACUUUUUGACAUGAAUUAUUCCUUUUAGUCUUUAUUUUCCAAAGAAGCAAUGUACGUUGAAGUUCCUAGUUUCAGUUUAACAAUCUACAAAUCUUUCUUAAGUGAACAUAUUCUGAAUGUGGUUUCUGUUGUAGAGGCCAGGGAACAGAGCUUACUUUCAUAUUUUCCCUGUAAGAAAGAGGGCUUAUUUAUUUUGAAUAAAGAGUGAUUAUUUAAUCUUGUAUCAGA